GGGGAGGGGGCGGGUGUCGCUGGGGCGAGCGAACCGGAGAGCGUCGUCCUGAGAGCAGUGAAGGCGGCAAAAUGGCGGACCGCUUCUCCCGCUUCAACGAGGACAGAGACUUUCAGGGUAAUCACUUUGAUCAGUAUGAGGAAGGACACCUGGAAAUCGAGCAGGCAUCACUCGACAAGCCUAUAGAAUCGGAUAAUAUUGGACACCGCUUACUCCAGAAACAUGGGUGGAAGCUGGGCCAGGGAUUGGGAAAAUCACUUCAGGGGAGGACAGAUCCCAUCCCGAUUGUCGUCAAGUAUGAUGUCAUGGGCAUGGGUCGUAUGGAAAUGGAGCUUGAUUAUGCCGAAGAUGCUACUGAGCGACGGCGUGUCCUAGAAGUAGAGAAGGAAGACACAGAGGAACUGAGACAGAAGUACAAGGAUUAUGUUGACAAAGAGAAAGCAAUUGCCAAAGCCUUGGAAGACCUAAGAGCCAACUUUUACUGUGAACUCUGUGAUAAGCAAUAUCAAAAGCAUCAGGAAUUUGACAACCAUAUCAACUCCUAUGAUCAUGCGCACAAGCAGAGAUUAAAAGAUCUCAAACAGAGAGAGUUUGCUCGAAAUGUUUCCUCAAGAUCCCGCAAGGAUGAGAAGAAACAGGAAAAAGCCCUGCGGAGACUGCACGAAUUGGCAGAGCAAAGAAAACAAGCAGAAUGUGCACCUGGCAGUGGUCCCAUGUUCAGACCCACCACAGUGGCUGUAGAUGAAGAAGGAGGAGAUGAUGAUAAAGAUGAAUCAGCUGCAAACAGUGGCACAAGUGCCACUGCGUCUUGUGGCCCAGGAUCCGAAUCCUCCACAGAUAAAGGAGGCCCUUUUACUGCUGUACAAACCAGUAACACCACUGGACUGGCGCAGGCUUCUGGGUUAGCCUCACAAGGCAUCAGCUUUGGUAUUAAGAACAAUCUGGGGACCCCAUUACAAAAAAUAGGAGUGUCGUUUUCUUUUGCCAAGAAAGCUCCCGUCAAACUAGAAUCAAUAGCAUCUGUUUUCAAAGACCAUGCAGAGGAGGGAGCCUCUGAAGAAGGAGCCAAACCAGAUGAAAAGGGAUCUGACCAAGGGCUGCAAAAGAUGGGCGACUCUGAGAGCGCCAGCAAUCCUGACGGCAAGAGAGAGGAUGAAGAGCCUCAGGAUGGAGGCUCCCUGGCCUCCACACUAUCCAAGUUGAAAAAGAUGAAGCGAGAAGAGGGAGCAGGGGCUCCUGAGCCAGAGUAUUACCACUAUAUCCCCCCAGCACACUGCAAAGUGAAGCCCAAUUUUCCCUUCCUGCUCUUUAUGAGAGCCAGUGAGCAAAUGGAAGGCGAUGGUAGUUCACACCUGAAGAACACCCUGGAGAGCAAAAAAAGCAGUUCUCCCAAACCCAAAGGCUGCGUCAAGGCUGCAGCAGGCCAAGGAGUGGAAAAGGUGGUUAGCGAAGUCUCUGAGCAACAGAAGGAAAGUGGUACGGCUGUCCCCUUGGAGUCUGGAGGCAAAGCAGAGACAAAGGUAGCUUCAGGAGGCGAUGGGAGUGAGCAGAGCGGGCAGAACCAGGGUGAAAAGACUUCAGAAAACCAACUGUGUGAGUCUAACCCUUCCAAAGAAACCUCUCAGACUGCCCAUGCAGUGAAAGAAAGUCAGGAGGGACCCAAGCAUCCCACUGGUCCUUUCUUCCCUGUUUUAAGCAAAGAUGAAAGCACUGCCCUCCAGUGGCCAUCGGAACUGUUAAUUUUCACCAAGGCAGAGCCAUCCAUCUCCUACAGCUGUAAUCCUUUGUACUUUGACUUUAAGCUUUCACGGAACAAAGAUACCAAGGCUAAAGGGACAGAAAAACCAAAAGAUGUUGGAGGCUCCUCUAAAGACCAUCUCCAAGACCUUGAUCCUAGUGAGUCAAAUAAAAGCAAGGAAGAGGUGGAGAAUGUGGUCCAUUCCUCAGGAAGCAAAAUGGAGACACCUGUGACAGGAUCUGCCUGUAGCAGCCUGAGCAAGCAGGAGCCCGGGGGCAGCCAUGGCUCAGAGCCAGAAGACACAGGGAGAGGCCCUCCUAACAAGAAAGAACGGUCUGGAAAGUCGCACCAACACAAAAAGAAAAAGAAGCACAAAAAAUCCAGCAAACACAAACGGAAACACAAGACUGACACAGAGGAGAAAAACUCCAAGGCAGAGUCUGGGGAAAAGUCUAAGAAACGCAAGAAGCGAAAACGAAAGAAGAAUAAGUCUUCAGCCACAGCAGAUUCCGAGCGAGGCCCUAAGCCAGAACCCCCUGGCAGCGGCAGCCCUGCCCCACCCAGAAGGCGGCGUCGUGCUUUGGAUGACUCCCAGCGGCGAUCCCUUCCGGCUGAAGAAGGAAGCACUGGCAAGAAGGAUGAAGGUGGAGGUGGUAGCAGUUCCCAAGAACACGGGAGGAAACACAAGGGUGAGCCUCCAGCUGCCUCCUGCCAGCGAAGAGCUGGCACCCAACGGAACAGCCGGUCUAGCCAUCGGAGCCGGCCAAGCAGUGGAGAUGAGGAGAGUGAUGGUGCCUCAUCACACCGGCUGCAUCAGAAGUCUCCAUCCCAGUACAGUGAGGAGGACGAGGAAGAGGAGGAUUCGGGCAGCGAGCAUUCCCGGAGCCGCUCCCGAUCUGGCCGGCACCACUCGUCACACCGAUCCUCUCGGCGUUCUUACUCCAGUAGCUCGGCUGCCUCUUCUGACCAGAGCUGCUAUAGCAGGCAGCACAGUUACUCGGAUGACAGCUACAGUGACUACAGCGAUCGGUCACGAAGGCACUCCAAGCGUUCCCAUGACUCGGAGGAUUCAGACUAUGCCUGCUCCAAGCAUCGGUCCAAACGACACAAGUAUUCAUCCUCCGAUGAUGACUACAGCCUCAGCUGCAGCCAGUCCCGAAGCCGCUCUCGGAGUCAUACCAGGGAGCGAUCGAGGUCCCGGGGCCGCAGCUGCAGCAGCAGUUGUAGUCGUAGUCGGAGCAAGCGAAGAAGCCGCAGCACUACAGCUCAUAGCUGGCAGCGGAGCCGGAGCUACAGCCGGGAUCGUAGCCGGAGCACCAGGAGCCCUUCCCAGAGAUCUGGCUCCAGAAAGGGAUCGUGGGGUCAUGAGAGCCCCGAGGAGAGGCGUUCUGGGCGGCGGGACUUCAUUCGCUCCAAGAUCUACCGUUCCCAGUCCCCCCACUAUUUCCGCUCAGGCCGAGGAGAAGGUGCUGGGAAGAAAGAUGAUGGCAGAGGAGACGACAGUAAAGGGACAGGACCCCCCUCUCCAAACAGCAUCCUUGACCCAGGAAGGGGAUCAGAAAGCGACUGUAGCCCUGAAGACAAAAACUCAGUCACUGCCAGACUGCUCCUAGAGAAGAUCCAGUCAAGGAGGGUAGAGAGGAAGCCCAGUGUGAGUGAGGAGGUGCUGGCCACCUCUAACAAAGCUGGGCUUAAACUCAAGGACCCCCCACAAGGUUAUUUUGGACCCAAACUACCCCCAUCUCUUGGCAGUAAGCCUGUCCUUCCACUGAUAGGGAAGCUCCCAGCCAACCGAAAGCCCAACAAUAAGAAAUGUGAAGAGUCUGGCUUGGAAAGGGGGGAAGAACAAGAACAGUCAGAGACAGAAGAGGGGCCCCCAGGGAAUAGUGAUGCCGCAUUUGGGCAUGAGUUCCCAGCAGAGGAAAUAGCUGCUCCCUUAUCAGACCAACCCCUAGAAGAGCCAAAGUCCCAAGACGCUGCUGCUGCUCACCCUGUGGCUCUACUCGGUACCCCCCCACCCUCUGACUGCUAUACUGGGAACACAACCAUUUCCCAUAACUACCUCCCUGACCCCAGCGAUGGGGACACUCUUGAGUCCCUGGAGAGCAGUAGUCAGCCAGGCCCUGUGGAAUCGAGCUUGCUGCCUCUGGCACCAGACCUUGACCACUUACCUGGUUAUGCCCUUCCCAGUGGGGAGCCUAGUAUUGAGUCCACAGAUGGAGCUGAGGACGCGUCCCUGGCCCCCCUGGAGAGUCAACCCAUCACCUUCACUCCUGAGGAGAUGGAGAAGUACAGCAAGCUCCAGCAGGCUGCUCAGCAGCACAUCCAGCAACAGCUUCUGGCCAAGCAAGUAAAGGCCUUUCCAGCCUCAGCAGCCCUGGCCCCAGCCGCCCCGGCCCUACAGCCUAUCCACAUUCAGCAGCCAGCCACCGCCUCCGCCACGUCCAUCACAACUGUGCAGCACGCCAUCCUACAGCACCACGCUGCAGCAGCUGCUGCGGCCAUUGGCAUCCACCCCCACCCCCACCCCCAGCCACUUGCCCAAGUGCAUCAUAUUCCCCAGCCCCAUCUGACCCCCAUUUCCUUGUCCCACCUUACUCACUCAAUCAUCCCUGGUCACCCUGCCACCUUUCUGGCUAGCCAUCCCAUCCACAUCAUUCCUGCCUCAGCCAUCCAUCCUGGGCCCUUCACCUUCCAUCCUGUACCACAUGCUGCCCUCUACCCUACUCUCCUUGCCCCACGACCUGCUGCAGCGGCUGCCACUGCCCUCCACCUUCACCCAUUGCUUCACCCCAUCUUCUCAGGGCAGGACCUGCAACACCCCCCAAGCCAUGGCACGUGAGUUGGAGGGUGGAAGCCUUGAUAGGGUUAGGGAAAGUGAUUGAUAAAUCAGCCUUUGGGGGUGUUGAGCCAUUAAUACCAGCAAGUAGAGGCUGGAACAGGCAGUGUCUGAGAGCCAAAGAAUCGAGUUUUUGGCUUGCAGGGAUGGGUUUAGAUUUGAGGUUUGCUUUGGGUUUACUAUCAGGGAUUUUUUUUUCCCUUUCUUUCUAUAUGUCCUUUGUUCUCCUGUGUUUCUGAGCAAGGGAGCACAAGUGAGUGCUCCUCACCCCUCCACAGCAUCCCCAGACUGUCAAAUUUAGAUAGUCCUCUCCUCCAUCUACUUUUUAUUCUCUUCUCUUCCCUCCUAUAAAUUUUUAAAAACAUCUUCCCUCCUUUUUUGUCUGGUGGUUGUCACCAAAGCACUUGCGUGGGUCCAUCUGGUCUCACUUUUUCAGAGCCACAAGGAAGACCACGCUGCUCCCCUGGCAGAAAGAGCAGCACCACUUUGGGCAACGUCGUUGUCGCAGGUGAGAUGAAAAGGACAUCCGUCCUGGAUCCAGAUGCAACUUGGGCUGCAGUCCACUCCCCAUCUCCCAGGAGAGAGCCGAGCGAUGGGCCCUGCUGUCCUCCUGUCCCUCAGCCCACAAGAGGUUUCUGCAUAUCCCAGAAAAAAGAGCCUAUCAUGAAUAGAAGCUAUGCGGAACACAGUCACCCGCCUGCGUCCUCCAGGGGGGCGCACGUGUCUGAAGGGUGUAUUUUCUUCUGUUGUGUUGAUGUUUCCUUCUUAAUUUAUAGGAUUUUUUUUAAUGUAAAAAUUGCACUGAACUCUAUAAACGUAAAUGCUGCUUUUUGUAGCUCAUACAAAAAAAAGGUUCCAUAUUUGUAGUAUACUGCAAUAAUAUUUUUUACAUUCAGCUCUUUAAGUGAUCCUUGUUCUGGUGGCUUUGUGUAAAUAUGUUUGCCCUAGUUGAAUUAAGAAACUUUAAAGGUUAUAAAGUGAAAACAAAAAUAAAGUAUUUGUUUUCUGCUAGAUGCAAAAAUGACUAAGCAUGUAUAUUUUAUCAAGCUCAUGUAUUUUUGAAGUUACAAACUAUAAAAAUAUUAAAAGGUUUUUUGGCUGGGGCAAAAUAUUAAGAAUCGUUUGCGGUAAAUGGUGCCCUCAGUUCUAAGAUUUCGAACUAACAGUCGGCUGAGGGUGUCAGAAGGUGCUUGGGUGAGACGGUCUCUCUCAUGCUUCAUAGUACAGACAGGUGGAUUCCACUGGAGAGGGGAGGAAAGCAGAUGGCGUGACUCUGGUAGCAGUGAGGUUCUGGGUUUAUCCAGGAGGACUCCUGGGGCUGCACAGGGCGGCCUUGCCCAAGCAGUGCAUUUGCCUUCCUAGGACUUGGCCCUUCUGAUGACUUUUUAAAAUGUGCCUUUUGGGUUGGCCAGAAACCAGUAGGAAUAGCCCGGAGGACAGUGGAACAUUCUUGUUGGGAGGCGAGCACACGGUAGACUUCAGAUUCUUUCACUUCAUGGUUCCAUUCCCUCUGCCCAGCUCAGUGUGAGCAGCAUAAGCUUCUUCCUCCUUUUUUUUUUCUUCCCCUUUUCUCCCCUAACACUGACCAGAAAAACUAUCAUCUAAGCCUCUGUUCUUGCCUCUCAGCCAAGCUCAGCCCUAAGGAGUGCUAACCAAGUUGCUUGUCUGGAAGUUCCCAUAUCAUUUGCUAUACUUCCCUCUUUGGCAUUUCCCUGGCUGCUCUUGGGGCUACAUACGCUAGGUGGGGUGGUCAACUGACAGGACAAACAAAACUUGCUACGCCACAGGUCUGCGUGCCUGCCUUCUCAGAUACCCAAAAGAGAAAGGUUUUGAAUUUAUGAGAAGCAAGCACUGAGCGAACAAGGCUCUUGACUGAGCCACCUCUCUGUUGAGUAUUCCUCAUCUGAUUUCAGAAGCAGCAUUUUUCACAUAAGUAGCACUGGGGAAAUAAAAUCAUCUGUUUGGAGUGAAGGGACUCAUUUUUCUUUCAUCCCAUGUAAAUAUUUAAAUGAAACAGUAUUAACAUUUUCAUGCUGCUUCCCCUUAGCUUAUAGAUGGAGCCAUACUCCUGCCACCUCUCCUUCCUGGAGGCAGUUUUCUUUAACUUGAAGAAUAGUGAUUUAAAAAAACAAAGUAACCUAUCCUUACUUACAAGCAUAAUAGAUUGUAUUUAACUUUAUCACCUAUGAUAGAGAUAUAUAUAUGCUGUAAAAUGAGGGAAAGGAACUUUCUAAUAAACCAAUGAUUUGUGGAAACUUA